CAGACUGAAACUAAUAUGGAAGGAGGAAGGCGGAAGGAACAGCGAGACAGAACCAAAGGGAAGGGGGGGGGGAGGUUACCGAACUCUCUCCCGCGGACUCUCCCAGGCUCCUCCGCACUCCGACUCACCCAAAGAGCUUCCGACGCCGCCAUGAGCAAGGUAGAAGGACUGGACACCAUCCUGGUCACGGGCGGGGCGGGCUUCGUAGGAUCCCAUACCAUUGUGGAACUCCUCAAGGCAGGAUACAAGGUCGUGGUUGUGGACUCUUGUAUCAACUCCCACCCCCCCGAGGAAGGCCAUGACCUGCCGCCUGUCCUCGAGAGGGUGCAGAAUCUCACCGGCAAGACCGUGACCUUCCACCACCUGUCAAUCCUGGACCGCGAUGCCCUCAAGGAAGUCUUUCUCAAGCACAAGGUCGACGCCGUUAUCCACUUCGCGGCGCUGAAGGCUGUUGGCGAAAGCGUGAAGCGCCCCCUUGAUUACUACCACAACAACAUUACUGGAACGGCCAUGCUCCUGCGGGUGAUGGGCGAGGUCGGCGUGAAGCGACUCGUGUUCUCCUCGUCCUCCACCGUCUACGGCCCCGCCAAGUACUUCCCGACGGACGAGGAGCAUCCGACGGGCCAGGGCGUCACCAACCCCUACGGCAGGAGCAAGUUCGUGUGCGAGGAAAUGAUGAAGGAUUUGGCCAAGGCGGAGGAGGGUUGGCAGCUGGUGCUCCUGCGCUACUUCAACCCCGUGGGCGCGCACCCCUCGGGCGACAUCGGCGAGGACCCGCUGGGCAUCCCCGUCAACCUCAUGCCCUACAUCGCCCAGGUCGCCGUCGGGAGGAGGGAGCGGAUCAACGUCUUCGGAGGCGACUGGGACACGCCCGACCACACCUGCAUCCGGGACUUCAUGCACGUGAUGGACCUGGCGGAGGGCCACACCGCCGCGCUCACCAAGUUCGGCGACCCGGCCUUCCGCGGCGCCAAGCCCUUCAACCUGGGCCGCGGCAAGGGCGUCUCCGUUCUCGAGAUGAUCGCCGCCUUCAGCAGGGCGUGCGGCAAGGAGCUCCCCUACAAGAUAGUGGGGCGGCGGUGGGGGGAUGUGCAGCAGACGACGUCUUCGGGCAAACUCGCCGAGAAGGAGUUUGGGUGGAAAGCGACGCGCACCUUGGAUGACAUGUGCGCAGACACAUGGAGAUGGCAGAGCAAGAAUCCCAAUGGUUAUCUCUGAUGCAUUAUGAGAAGAAACAUCAUAAAGAGAGAGUAAACGAAGAAUAAGAAAAUAGGUGUUCGUUUUGCAAUGUUAUUCUAUAAUUUCCUUUUUUGUAUUAUUUGUUUUAGUUUUGUUUUGUUUCUCUCUCAUUAUAUACAUAUAUACAUGUGAGUAUUUUUUUUUUAUUUUUUUUUUUGUUACUCUGGUCAUUCUUGGAUUUGAUGCUUAUGUCAUAUUUCAUGAAAGUUGUUCGCCUGUUGACUAUGACCAGGAAAUAAAAAAGACGGAAUA